AUGGACGCCAUUGCAGCCCAGGACAUUCCCUACUGGAACGAAGCCAUGGCCGCGAAAUAUACCGGGAACAAGCGGCCGUAUGACCAGAGUGACUUCUCCAAGUUUCUGUGGAAAUACGAUGGCAUCAUAGACGCGCCGGCCAUGUUCUUCCUGGAGGAGUGGAUUGCCGCGAACCCCGACGCCAAGGUCAUUUUGAACAAGCGCAGCUUUGAUUCAUGGUACAGAUCGGUGUCCAACACCGGCUUCCGCCUGACAGCUUGGCCGUGGUGGCCAUAUAUCCGCCCGUUCCAGUCCGGGCACCUGUAUGCCUGGUACCAGUACGCCUGCACGUGGCUGAACUUGAUGGGUCAACAGGGGUACGCGACCAAGCCGCAGCAUGAGCGGUGGACACGGGAGAAUUACCGGAAGACGUACGACGAACAUUACCCCCGUGUCCGGGCCCUGGUGCCUGCUGAUAGGAUCUUGGAGUUCGAGCUGGGCAAGGACGGGUGGAAUGAGCUGUGCGCGUUUCUGGACAAGGACGUCCCGGACCAGCCGUUCCCACACAUGAACGAGGCGAAGGGCAUGGUUGAGCAGAGGUUGGCAUUGAUCUGGCAGGAUGCUAUGAAGAAUUUCUUGAAAGUGAUGUCAACUACGGGGAUUGCCGCUGCAGUAUUUGCUUUUGGGUGGAUGCGAUGGAGAGGUCAACUAGUAGCUCUGGCACGGGGAAUUACUCCUCCUGGAUGA